AUUACACCUUAGUAACAGUGUUACUCAAAUUAUAAGUAAAAAUGUAAACAAAUCUUAGCAAACAAUUUCCAGUGAUGGUGUGGUCCCCUGCUUUGUUCUUUCAACUUGCUGCUGUCCAUCGCCCAUGCUCCACUACUGGCACUUGGAUAAAAUUAUGGUUACCGCAUCUCGGCUGCAAAAAAUCUGAAAAAGUACGAAACUACUUUUAGGAUUUUUGCAGCCCAAAUAUGGACACUCCAGCUAUUAUAUGACCAUGCUUGCUAUUUAAAUUAAAGGUCAACGUUUGUGGGCCGACAGAAAGGUCCGGUGACAUUAUCACCUGCUAUUAGUACAACCGACCAGCCCUGAAUCCUGAAUGCUACUCGUUCUGCUCCCCCCGCAGGAAGCUAGGGCUACUCGGGCAGCAGAUGUGGCACUUUCAGUUUUUAAUCUAUGAAUUAUCAGAUAUCGAGCUACUGUAUAAUCUCAUGAUGCUCCUUGGGGCUUGGAGCGAUGGCCGAGAGCCUUCCAGUCGUACGAGACGAUCCACCUUCGGAGCCAUCGGGAGUGGGGACCAGAAGCUGCAGCGCCUCCCCAAGCGGAAGAAGGCUGAGCUCUUCUUCCAGAUCACAGAAAGUAUCACACAGACCGGCCCUCCUCAGGUUUCCUUCCAGGGCUUUCCCCUGGAAGGAGAUAGCCGAGGAACCGCCCCGGAAGCAGCUGGGCUACGCCCGCCGCCCUUUGUUGGGGGCCACAGAGACCAGACCUCAAAAACAAUUCAGAGGCGUCUUCGGACUCAGGACCUUCCGGCCACUUGAACGAGCCCUCUCGCUGGUUUUAGCCUCCCCAAGAUUACCGCGACCGUCGCCUUGAGGGCCGGAGUGCGAAGGCGGCGCUUGAGUCACCCUGACGCUAAUGAUUGACAGCUAGGCCCGCCUUUGCGCGAGGAGGAGGAGGGGGGAGGGAGCGGCUCGCGCUGGCCGGUGCCGCUGUAGCCUCGUUAGGGCUGGAUGGAUCUGUUCGGGGACCUUCCGGAGCCAACUCCUCCGGCAGUAGCAGCAGUAGAGAAAGAGGGACAGAAAGGAUCUCUGCUUUUUGAUGAUCUUCCUCCAAUCAGCAACAGUGAUUUGGGAGCAGGAGGCUCUUUGCUAUUUGAUGACCUCCCACCUGCCAGCAGUGGCAACUCAGCUUCUCAUCCCACUGAGCAAGUUUCUCUUCCUGUGAGCUAUGGGAAGGGAGAGAAGAGGAAGUCCAUUGAAGGAGAGAAGAAUGGGAGUGAAGAACUUGUGGAAAAGAAAGUUUGUAAAGAUUCUGCAGGUAUUCUUGGUUUGAAAGGUUACGUAGCAGAGAGGAAAGGUGAGCGAGAAGAGAUGCAAGAUGCCCAUGUUAUUUUGAAUGAUAUCACAGAAGAGUGCAGUCCCUUGUCCUCUCAAAUAAUUCGUGUCUCAUAUUUUGCUGUUUUUGAUGGCCAUGGAGGAGUUAGAGCUUCAACAUAUGCUGCACAGAAUCUGCAUCAAAACCUAAUCAGAAAAUUUCCUAAAGGAGAGGUACCCAGUGUGGAGAAAGCAAUAAGGAGAUGCAUUUUGGAUACUUUUAAACACACAGAUGAGGAAUUUCUCAAACAGGCUUCCAGCCAGAAACCUGCUUGGAAAGACGGUUCCACGGCAACCUGUGUGCUGGUGAUUGAUAACACUCUGUACAUUGCCAACCUUGGUGACAGUAGAGCAAUUCUUUGCCGUUACAAUGAAGAGACUCAGAAGCACACAGCUUUGAGUCUUAGCAAAGAACAUAACCCAACUCAGUAUGAUGAGCGGAUGAGGAUCCAAAAGGCUGGAGGCAAUGUCAGGGAAGGACGUGUUUUGGGUGUCCUGGAGGUCUCACGCUCCAUUGGGGAUGGACAAUACAAGCGAUUUGGAGUUAUCUCUGUGCCAGAUGUCAAACGCUGUCAACUUACGCACAAUGACAGAUUUAUCCUAUUGGCCUGUGAUGGUCUCUUUAAAGUCUUUUCACCAGAAGAAGCUGUGAACUUCAUCAUGUGUUGUUUGGAGGAUAAAGCUAUGCCCACAAGAGAUGCCAAAUCUUCCGCUGAUACAAAGUAUGAAGCAGCCUGCAACAGGCUGGCCAACAAAGCAGUGCAGCGAGGAUCAGCAGAUAAUGUCACUGUGAUGGUGGUCCGGAUUGAACAGUAAUGGGACGAAUACAUGCAAGGAAGAUCCAUAACAGCAUGCAGCCAAUUUAAUAGAACACAAUAGUGUGUUUGUGAAAUGUGCGCGUGUGUAGAAUUUUAUGGAUUUCCCCCCAGACGCUUAUUUGUAAAUAAAAGGGUUUUUUAUAAGCAUUCAGGUCAGUUCAUUGUUUCAUAAAUUGUAAGUAAUUGGGUCUUCUGUUUUCCUCCUUCAAUGGGCUACAGGCAGUAACCUAACAAAAUUUCAUGCAGAUAGUCAUGUUGUUUGCUGUCUUACAAGAUGCUUCAGGUUACAGGAUCCCACUUUUAAAAAGACACGCACAAAGGGCACUGGUAUAUUUAAUUGACAACUUGUUUUAACUGAGCAUGGGUUCUAAAUUCUAAUCCCUUCUUGGUUGUUUCUUGAGUAUAUUUUGGACACAGGAACAAUUUUUCUGGUUGUCAUGCAGAGAGGAUUAUACAGUAUUUCUCAUUCUGUUGAAUAGGGUAAAGCUAACACAUCCAGCAAAUGAGGUUUUCCUUGGUAAAUUAGUUUUUUAUCCAGUGGAAAAAAAUCGAGUAGGGAUUUUGGUAGUAAUUUUGAAGACUUGACAAUUUUAAUAAUUCCUGGCCAUAAAUACUGUAAUAUAGUCAUCUGAACUUUUGAUUCAGGCUGCAUGGAUACUACCUCAAGUAAUAUUUAUAUAGCUGUAUGCAAAAUAGACUAAAUUUCCAGUGAACCUGAGCUAGAAAGUGAGGUUAGAUUAGAUUUUAAAUGCAUGGAGUAGUGGAAUAGGGCAUUGUUAGAUUCUUAGGCUGAAGUGUUGGAAGAAAAUAUAUUAGAAUAAGUAUUUUAUGAAUAGGAUUGGGCUGUCAUUGAGAUGAUCAUGUUUAUAGUGACUGAAAUUAGUGGGAUUUUUCUGUCUGAAUUUAAGUUGAGAUAUAGAGUAAAUCUGUGCCUUGGGUCGGCAUUGACAUGCCAGUGUAGCUUGAGAGAACUAGCUAACAUUGAAUUAUAGUUUAUUUUCAGUUAUGAUACAAAUUAAACAUUUAGGAAAGAAUUCAAGGUAUGAGUUCACAUGUGAGGAAAAUCUUUUUUUGUGAAAUAGCAUUCGCCUCUCUUAUAGAUGCAUAAAAGAUGUCCAUUAAGUACCAUUAUUCUGAUGAUUUAAUUAAUAGGAAUAGAAUUAAGGUAUUAUGGGUGAUGAUACUCAAUGGUGACAAGUGUAAGGGAAAACUAAGGGGGGGGGGAGAUAGAGACUGUAGGAACAGAAUGCACCCCAAACUCAAUGUGAGCAAAUGGGGGGAAAGGGGGGGGGGGAGACAGGUUAAUUUUGGAUUGCAUUAAAUGAAGCUUUGUGGCUCAUAGGAAGUAAUAAUUGCAGGUAUUCUAUUCUGCACUUGAAAUCCUAUGCCCAUUCUGGACAUCCCACUUAAAUAGCACAUGAAGAAGCCAAAGUGUAUUUAGAGAAAAGCUACUAGGACAAGGCAUACUGAGCUCUGUGAAGAACAACUAAAGACACUGGGCUUAUUUAACUUGCAACAGAGAAAGCUAAGGAAGGUACAAUACUGGUUUAUACUGUAAACAGCUAAAACAUGCUAUGUAUAAAAGGGGGUGGACCUGUUCUCAGUUGACAUUAAAAGAACAAGAAUCAAUGAGCCAAAUAAAAUGAAAGAAUCAGGUUUCAAGUAAGGACUAGUUAAGCUGGGUAUUGGGAAAAGCUUGAUGGAUUCUUGUAUUGAGCAAAGAAAUGUUAGAUGAUCUGUAUGGUCCUUCCAACUCAGAGCUUCUAUGCUUCUAAGUGACAUUGGGGUGCAGUUCAACCAAUAAUAGUUUCGCUUGUGUGGAUGUCAGCAGCUGAGGUUAUCAAUCAAGUAAUAAAAUAUUUGCGAAUCGACCCUUAAAUUCUCAGUUUAAUUUUCGAUAUCCUUUGCAAAUAUUGUCAUGCUGUUAACUAUUUGAUAGAAGGUGUUCAACAAAUAGAAUUCAAACCAGGAAAGAAUAUUCUCCGAUUUAAAAAUACAUCUUCAGUCAAACAUUUUCAAUAUACAAUAUACAGCCUACCCAUUUGACUGGUAAAAACAAGUAGAAUUUCAAAAGUACCUGUAAACAAUUAGAUAUAAAAUUAUAUCUAUAUAUUGGUGCUCUCUGUUGAAAUUACUGAGAUAUCAUGACUAGCUCCAUGGUUCUUUUAUAUAAUAAAUCUACUAAAGAGUCAUUUUUCCUGUGCAUCAGCUUCAUUGUUUGACCUAUUUUUUUUGUAACUAAAUAAAACACAUUUAAAAGUGGGUGAAUGUGUUCAUUCACUAUUUUUUUAAGAGUAAACUAGAGUUGCUGUAAAA